CAACUGCACAUUAGAAAACAAGCCCAAAAACCCGCAACCCGCGACUGACGAUAUUUGCAAGCAACUUUACAGAAAAACAAGCCCAAAUUCACUUAUAACAAGCGGACCUGGCAACACUGCUGCGGAAGUGACUUGCCAGGAGAAAAAGGCCUGCCAUAGAAAACACUGCCCCUAGCGGUGACUUAUCCCGACUAUGUUUCCUUUGACUCAUGAUUCGUCUAGUGUUAAUAUUUAAAGUGUGUGUUAUACCAACAUAUUUGAGAAGUUAUAUUCAGUCUAUGAUGUGAUUCAGGCUUGGGUUCAAGAUGUACGACAUUUGGUUUCUACAUUUCUCUGCUGUUAUGUUUGUUGUUGACAAAAACGGAACUGUACUUUCAAAUGUCUACUUUAAAAUAACUGCGUAUAUGUGGACCCUAUUCCUUGCUGCAUUUUAAAACACUAAGGUUUGCAAUAAAUGUACAAACAAUAAAUAAAUAAUGAUUUCUUCUGCGCUUUGUGUGCGCCGUUUUCAGUCAAACCUAAAGGGGGCGGUAGCGUGCAACCAACACAGUUAAGUCACAAUGUAUCAAAUAAUUCUACUUCCUAGUAGGUUAUGUUAAUGCCGAAUUAAAGAGAGGUCCACGCUGAUUGAAGAAACGUCUUUGUUUGUUAUGCAUGUGACUUGUAGAUGGGGGAAUGAACAGAGCCUUUGUUUAUGGACAUUAAGCUCAAUGGAGUUCUGCAUGAGGAUGUCUGCAGGAAAAUGACACGACGCCUCUGUGUUGCUCUGUGUACUCUGUCACUAGUUACACAGGGCGAGUGAUAGUGAAGCUGAACUAAGAGUGGUGUCCUUCAACACGUCAAAUUAUCCACAGACUUUUCUUACUAAGUGGAAUAAACCACAUCGUUGUACACAGGAGGCUAAAGUCCUCAGCCGAUAACGGGAUGUAACCUAGGUAACAAUUGGACCUGUUAAACGUAGCGGAACAACCAUCUGGAAGGGCUGCACAUUCAGUGUUGAGAUGAACUUUCCAAAGUAGCAGUCUCUUCUGGACCACUGGUCCCGGCAGCCCUUUAUGGCGUGCCCUGUCCAGUUCUUCUGCCGGGGGCUUCGCACUGUUGGAUUAGUUCUCCUUUACUAUGCCUUCUCUAUAGGCAUCACCUUCUAUAACAAAUGGCUGAUGAAGGAUUUCCGCUACCCCCUCUUCAUGACGUUGGUUCACCUCACCAUCAUCUUCUGCCUUUCGACUCUGACACGAAGGGCCAUGCAGUUAUGGACGGGGAAACCACGCAUCACUUUGAACUGGAGAGAUUACCUCCGUAAAGUAGCACCCACAGCCUUGGCAACAGCACUAGAUAUUGGACUCUCCAACUGGAGCUUCCUCUUCAUCACCAUUAGCUUGUACACCAUGACCAAGUCUUCAGCUGUGCUCUUCAUCCUCUUUUUCUCCCUGGUCUUCAAACUGGAGGAGCCGAACCCAUUCCUGAUCGUGGUUGUCCUGCUGAUCGCCUCCGGUCUCUUUAUGUUUACGUUUGAGUCGACUCAGUUCAACCUGGAGGGCUUCAUCAUGGUGCUGCUGGCGUCCUUCAUAGGGGGGAUCCGAUGGACCCUCACUCAGGUCCUCAUGCAGAAAGCUGAGCUGGGCCUUCAGAACCCAAUUGACGCCAUGUACCACCUACAACCUCUCAUGUUCCUCGGCCUCUUUCCCCUCUUCCUGUUUAAUGAAGGGCUCAGCCUCAGCACUUCCGAAAAGUUAUUCCGGGUGACUGAGCUUUCCCCUCUCCUACAUUCACUCUUCACGCUGAGCAUCGGCGGCUUGCUGGCUUUCGGUUUGGGCUUCUCAGAGUUCCUGCUGGUCUCCAAGACCUCAAGCCUCACUUUAUCCAUAUCAGGGAUCUUUAAGGAGGUGUGUACUCUGCUUUUGGCAGCAUCUCUGAUGGGAGACAAAAUGAGCUUGCUUAAUUGGCUGGGAUUCGCUGUGUGCCUGUGCGGCAUUUCAUUACACGUGGGACUGAAGACAUAUUAUUCAAAAAGCAAAGGUCAUUCUUUAAGGCAGCUCAACAGUAAGAGCCCAGAGCUUGAGUUGCCCUUACUGCGGCAGAAUGGAGGAGAGAUAAACGAUUCAGCUGCUGAAGAAGACGAGGAACAAGAGAUCACUCUGCACUGCUACGGGACGGCCUCGCUUCUCGGAUUUCACCCCGAGCAGUUCAGAUACAAGUUGAUGUCAAAGAGCUGCCUUCACAAUCAAGCGGAACUGGCGCGUGUUGACAUCCCAACCCUGGAAUGCUCGUGUUCAGUCUCUGAAGGAAGGAACGUGCACGCAGGUAGCAACCAGACUCCACUCAUGUCUCUGUACCUAACAUCAUCAUCAUCUUCAUCAUCUCUCUGCCUCAUGCUGAGGUUGCUGCUGAGUGUCCUGUUGCUGCUCUCCUCGGGGGUCCAUGGCCAAGGUCGUCUUAAGCUGACAGUGCUGUCUGAAGACAGACUGCAGAUGAAAUGGAAGGAGGCUGAAGGACCUGUUCAGGGCUACAAGGUCCGAGUGAGACCAAUCUCAGAGGUGCCACAGCCAGAGCUGAUGCUGACGACCACAAGAGGUCGGGCAACGGUGGCAGGACUGGACUCCAGUCAGGAAUACAACCUCCAAGUCCUUGUUCUGAAUGGGACGACAGAGAAACUUCUUGCAAAGCGACGAUUCACCAUGGAGGGUCUGCGGGAAGAGGAAAUGAUCCGCAGCGGUAGCCGAGAUCAGAGGAAGAAGAUAUUGCCAGGCGGGUCCGGGUCAGGAGAUCUGGACGACGUAACUGAGGCGCUGCUGGGACUUCCAACAGUUCUGUAUCCAGACCCCACAACCACAGCUGCUGCUACUACUGCAGAUCCCCCAGCUGAAGAAACCCCCUCUCAGCUCCCUGAUGAGACCCCAGAGACAAACCCUAAAGAAAAGAGAAAAAGAAAGAAAGAGAAGGAACGAGACCGUACAAAGAUGGAGAAAAAAGAAGAGCAGGGGACGACGCAGGGCAAAGCAGCCGAGGAGAAACCCCGGAAGACAACGUUCCCCACCCAGCCAGUUACAGGUAUAUCUCCGAGGAGGCCAUUUGAGUGUGAGAGCAAUGCAGCAGCGGAUGUCAUGUUGUUGGUGGACGGCUCUUGGAGCAUCGGACGCACCAACUUCAGACGGGUCAGAGACUUCUUGGAGGGCCUGAUGACACCCUUUCAUAUCGGACCAAACCACAUUCAAAUCGGUCUGACCCAGUACAGUGGAGAUCCACGCACAGAGUGGCAGCUCAACAACUUCACCACUAAAGACCAGCUGUUAGAGGCGGUGAGGAAUUUCAGAUAUAAAGGAGGAAACACAUUUACAGGUCAGGCACUGCUUCAUGUCAUGGAGGAGAACAUGAGGCCAGAGGCAGGUGCCAGGGCAGACGUACCGUUUUUUCUGGUCUUGUUGACUGAUGGGAAAUCUCAGGAUGAUGCCAUUGCUGCGGCAAACCGGCUAAAGAACGCCGGUGUGGAGAUCAUCGCUGUAGGUGUAAAGAACGCUGAUGAAGCGGAGUUGAGACAAGUGGCGUCGGAGCCGGUGGAUCUGAAUGUCUACAAUGUGAAUGACUUCCCUCUGCUCAGUAAACUGGUGGCAAGGCUGGUCCACAUCCUGUGUGGGAGGAUAGAGGACCGUGGAGUCUCUAAACGAAUGGAUCCUGGACCUACAGCAGACCCCGCCCUAUCUUACCCAAGUCCUAUGGAUCUACGGUUUUCAGAACUGGGCUCACGAGAGGUGAAGCUUCACUGGACCAAUCCUGCCAAGUCAGUCCAACAGUACAGAGUGGUCUACCACAGCGCCGAGGGUCAGAGUCCACAGGAGGUGGUGUUGGCCGGCUCUGAGUCCACGGUGCUUCUGAAAGACCUUUCUUCUCAAACACUGUACCACGUGUCCAUCUUUCCUGUGUAUGAAGACAAUGUUGGCCUGGCGCUACGAGGAACUGUCACUACAUUGCCUUUGGGCAUGCCUACCAACCUGGAGGUGACUCCUUCCUCUUACAGCAAGCUGAGAGUGAGUUGGGAUGCAGCACCAGAGGCGACGCAGUACAUGAUCCUGUACUCAGCUCUCAACCACGGAGAGCCAGAUGACGCCAAGGAGGAGAAAUUCAGGGCGGACCAGACAGUGGUGGAGCUUGCAGGGUUACUUCCAUCAACAGACUACUCCGUCACUCUUUACACCCUCUAUGACGAGGACCCGAGUGAUCCUGUCACUGCUGUCGCCACCACACUCCCUCUUCCACCACCAGUAAGUGUUUCAUUCCCGAUGGUCGCCCACAGUAUGAUGAGGGUGAGCUGGGUUCCUGGAGCUGUGGACGUCCCUGCCCACAGAAUCAUCUACAGCACCAACCAUGGCAGCGACGUAAAACAGGUGGAUGUAACAGGGCUGAACUCAGUGAUGGUGCAGAACCUGUCCUCUCUCUCCAGAUAUCUCGUCUCAGUCCAGUCUCAGUACCCUCAAGGCCUGUCUGUGGCACUCACCAGUAACAUCACCACGUUGAAGGUGCCUCCACCAUCAGACCUCAGGGUGACUAAUUUCUCAGGGAGUGACAUCACUGUGCGCUGGGAGGCUGCAGCUGAUGACGUCGUCUCCUACCUCAUUAAGUGGAUCUCUCUAAACAGCGGAGACCUGAGACAGCUGAAGGUGAGUGGUGAGAGUGAAGGGGUGAUCCUUGAGGGAGUAGAAGAUGAUAAGGAAUACCAGAUCUCUCUGUCCGCACUGUACGGUGACGGAGCUCAGAGUGAAGCUGUGGCCAUACGAUACAGCACAUUGUCUGGAGGAGGCCCAUCCAGUGUAUCUGUCUCUGAGGAGACUGCAGUCAGCAUGGUGGUUACCUGGAUACCCCCCAACGCUCAUGUCCUGCAGUAUCGUGUAUCUUACACUGCGCUAACUGGAGCCGAAAGUCAGGACAGAAUGGUGUUGGUUUCGGGAGGUGAAAGGCGGGUGGUGCUAGAGUCAUUACAGCCAGACACACGUUACAGCAUCCUGGUCACCGCUGAGUACCGCAACAGAGAAGGAGGCAGUGGAUCUGCUCAGGGCAAAACUACCAGUCUGCGUGUUAGCAGUGUGAGUGUGGUCAGGUCAGACCACUCCAGCAUUUGUGUGUCCUGGAGAGCUGUGUCUGCUGUUGAUGGAUAUCGCAUCGUCAUCCAGUCUGUCAAAGACAAACAAACAAAAGAAGAAACUGUGGACGAGUCUACCAGCAGUCACUGUUUCAGUGAUCUGGAACCAGAAACUCUGUAUCGCAUCAACGUGCACUCUCUUCUUGGAUCAGAAGAAGGCUCUGCCGUCUCCAUUCUCCAUCCAACAGCUUCAGCUCCGGCUAGAAUUCCCAUCUCUCCGCGGCUGUAUCCUAUUCAUAACGAAGUCUGCCCUGAAGUCACUAUCAGAAACAGCAUUGUAAGAGGAUAUGACAUGAUGGAAGCUUUUGGUCUGACUCAGAAGGCUCACUCUUCGGUGGACGGCGUGGCAGCUGAGCCUUUUGUCUUCAACACUCUGCCCACAUUCACUCUGUACAAAGACGUCCAACUGACACAGAGCACCAAGUUUAUUCACCCUUUAGGCUUCUCUCCGGAGCACACCAUCAGUAUAGCCUUCCGCCUGUUGCAGGAUACACCCAGAGAGCCCUUCGCCCUCUGGCAGCUCACUGAUAAUGACUUCCAGCCCAUGAUGGGAAUAGUGCUCGACCCUACGACCAAGCAGCUGGUGUAUUUCAGUCUAGACUACAGAGGAGAAGUACAGAAACUAAGUUUUGACCAGCGGCAGGUCCACAGACUGUUCUAUGGCAGUUUUCACAAGAUUCACCUUUCUGUCAGCCAGGUGAGUGUGUUCCUUUCCGUGGACUGCCAGCUUGUGGGUGAGAGGCCUGCCCGCCCUCUAGGCAACCUGCCGACUGACGGCUUUGAGAUGCUGGGAAAACUGGUGAAGACCAGAGGACCCAACAGUGGAUCUGCACCGUUCCAGCUGCAGUCCUUUGAAAUCAUCUGUAACACCACCUGGGCUACAGAAGACACCUGCUGUGACCUGCCCGGAGUGAGCGAUGAGGAGAGCUGUCCUGUACCAGCAUACACCUGUACCUGUUCUUCUGAUGUCCCUGGAGCUCCUGGUGUAGCUGGACAAAGUGGAAAGCCAGGUCCUCGCGGUGAGAAAGGCGAAAAGGGAGACCAAGGCCAAAAGGGAGAGGUGGGUCCUCCAGGGAAGCCUGGACUAGAGGGAGGUCUUGGACCCCUGGGCACCAUCGGGCCCCGAGGCAUAGCUGUGUCAGGCAAAGUGGGUCCACCAGGUGCGAGAGGGGCAAGGGGAGAGUCUGGGCGACCUGGACUUCAGGGCUCACCAGGGCCUCCAGGUCCAAAAGGUGAAGAGGGUAUUCCUGGACCAAAGGGAAUAAGGGGGGUUGAAGGAAACAUGGGUGGACCCGGACUCACUGGACCCAGGGGUUUCCAAGGAAUGCCAGGACACCCAGGACCUUCAGGGGAAAGAGGCUUUUCAGGACCUGUGGGGCCGACGGGUCUAUCAGGCAAUAAAGGAGAAAGAGGAGAAAAGGGGGAACCUCAGUCUAUGGCCAUGAUCUUCCAACUGGUCACCCAGGCCUGUGAGCAACUAGUGCAUAGUGAGGUCCUGAAGCUUGAUAGUUUCAUGAAUGAGAUGAGUCGAAAGCCCACUCCUAUUGAAGAGCCAGUGGGGCCUCCAGGAGAACCUGGUAUACCAGGGCCCAGGGGUCAGCCGGGCAGCAGGGGCACCCAGGGAAAUGUCGGUACAAGGGGGAGACUGGGCAGGGCUGGAUACCCAGGAGAACAGGGAAGAAGGGGUCCUCCAGGGCACAAAGGUGAUGCAGGGACAAAUGUCCAGGGGCCCACAGGGGUCAAAGGAUUUGCAGGUCCUCCAGGUGAGUCCAAGUUGGGAACUCCGGGCUCUAAAGGAGAAGAUGGUAAGCAAGGACCCCCAGGAAUCCCCGGACCUCCUGGUCAGCCAGGCGAGAUCGGACCACCGGGUGUGUGUGAUAGCAGUGGAGGCUGCAGAGGAGUUCCCCAGCAACCAGAAGACCAAUAUUAUGGCUACCAACCUUAAGUGGAUAUUAACAAGAAGGCUGCAACGGUCAGGUAUGAUGAUGGACAUCUGUUUUAAAUGACUAUGGUUCCUUUGGAGCUGAAUGACUGGAAACGAAGAUUCAAACGCUAAACUUAAGAGGUUUGGUGGGUUGAAUUUGCUACUGACUGAAGCUGAAGCUGUCUGGGCUUCUUCAUUAUGUGUGAGAAAAGGAAACACUAGAGGGAGGAUCUCUCUGUCCUCUUGUUUGAGUGUGCUGUAAUUUAAAAUAUGGCUCCAAAUGAUGCAAGGAUAAUUAAGAAGCUGUCUUUUGUAGAACUGUUGGAAAGAUAGCAUUAUAAAUGAAACUAAUUCUCCUUUGGGAUCAGUCAAGUGCUGUCUUAUACACCGAAAUCGCACUGAAACCUUUUAUGUUACUUUAUGUAUUCAUGCACUGUAUCAAUGCCAAGUAGUUUAGCCACCUGUGGUACAUUCCUACUUAUUUCAUUUGCUAACCUUAACUGCCUCAAUGAUAAUGAAAAAGCAUACUCCAUGGUGUAAAAGUGUCUUUUUUUCCAUGGUAUAAACGAUACUGUGAGAAUGUGUGUAGUCAUUUGUAAGAUCACUUUGUAUAUUGUUUAUAGUGUUGACUGUACACAGAUAUUCAUGUCUGAUAUUUUAUGAUAUACCAACUCCUGUUGAAAAUUCACGUUUACAUUUUGUGAUCCCUAGGGUUUGGGUAAAAACAAACAACACAUAACGUGUGUGUGUGUGUGUGUGUGUGUGUGUGUGUGUGUGUGUGUGUGUGUGUGUGUGUGUGUGUGUGUGUGUGUGUGUGUGUGUGUGUGUGUGUGUGUGUGUGUGUGUGUGUGUGUGUGUGUGUGUGUGUGUGUGUGCGGUGUGUGUGUGUUUUUGUUUUUAAAAGAGUGUUUUUAGGUAGUUUUACUUUGUUUAUAUGUCUUUUAUAUCUUGUUAAUAAACUUCCAUUCAUACAUGUCUAAUUAAGA